AUGAAGUUCACUUCACUUUUCUCGGUUGCCCUUCUCGCUGGCGGAGCAGUGGCACAACUUGGAAUGUACGAUGUUGAUGAGCUUGCCACUCGUGAAUUUGACGAAGAGCUUGAACUCCGUGAAUUCGACGACGCGCUUGAACUCUCUGCUCGUGAAUUGCGCGAAGGCCUCGUUCUUCGUGCCCUCUACCAUGUCAAGCGUCAAGCCGAGGAUCAUGCUGACUUGAUUGCACGAGCUGUUGACAACAUCGACAACGUCCUUUACCGCCGCUGGGGCUCUGGAAAAUAUGUGAUCGAUGACAACACCUACCAUCGUGAUGUGAAGCCCAAGAUCCUCGCUGAGAUGAAGAAGAUAAAAGGAUUCGAGAGCAAGUGCGGUCACAACCCCGACUUCCAUGUCGAGCGCGACGGAACCGUCUACCCGAGCUCUAGGACAGAUAAGAAGGGACUAUGCUCCAAGAAAACCUUCAGCGUCAAUAUGCACGAUCUACUCAUGAGCUACGUCCAGCGCAGCCGGUCACCAUCACCGUCCGGACGCAAACGCGAUCUCGAGGACAUCGAGGACCUUGAUUAA